AUGUUAUCCUAGUGUGUCCAUCCCCGGCAUGUUAUCCUAUGUGUCCAUCCCCGGCAUGUUAUCCUAUGUGUCCCAUCCCCGGCAUGUUAUCCUAUGUGUCCAUCCCCGGCAUGUUAUCCUAUGUGUCCAUCCCCGGCGUGUUAUCCUAUGUGUCCAUCCCCGGCGUGUUAUCCUAUGUGUCCAUCCCCAGCAUGUUAUCCUAUGUGUCCAUCCCCGGCAUGUUAUCUCCUAUGUGUCCAUCCCCGGCCUGGGUAUCUAUGUGUCCAUCACAAUGUUAUCUACGUGUCAUCCCCCG